UCCCGGCGGGUUCUGAAUCUCUGAUUCAUCGCGCGAAAUGGAAAUGGAGUCACCCGAUUCUCAGACUCAGAGAAUUUCUGAUUCCGAAACCCUAAGUUCAGGCAUCGAGGAAUUGACGAUAUCGUCGGACCCGCUAACCUGUAAGUUCAGUUCGCUCAACAAUCUAGCCCACGAGCUUUCCUCUCUUCAGGAUCACGCGUCCCGUGGAUCAUGGCGUUCAAUUACAGAUAAGGUUUCUAGGGCACGAUCUCUCUCCUUGCUGCAGAAGCCCCAUGACCACCUCACCUACCUCUCUUUCAAUGUCCUUGCCCUCGUCAAACUCCGUCGUUUCGUGGAAGCUUUGGCGGAGCUCGAUUCUCUGGAAGAUCUCGAUAGUUCUCAGUACCGGUAUGAAUCGUAUCCAAGUGUGUACCCUAAUCGGACCGGCUCGAUGGUCCCCUUUUCACUCCGCUGGCUGCACGCCCUGCUCCCUAUCAAAAUGGGUGAGCGUCAAGAAGGGUUGGACCGGUUCUACGAACUUCUGGAUUUUGUACAGUCAAAAUUGGAGGAUAAAGAGACGAAAAGGCUCGAUGCCUCAGUGAAUCUGUGGAAGAAAAGGGAAGUGUUUGUGACGAACUGCAUUAUUGGUUAUCAUUUGAGUAACAAAGAGUUUUCUGUUUGUUUAAGUCUGAUUGAUAAUUUGCUUAGUCGGGAUUUUUCAGACCCUGCUCUGAUUUCAAAACUUGGGUAUAUCCAAAUGCACGUUGGUGAUAUAGACGGUGCGAAGCGUUCGUUUAAUCGGAUUGAGGAGAUGGUUAAAGAGGGAAAGAGCAGUGGGUCAUUGAGCGAGGUGGAGAUUAAAAACCUUGUGAACAGGAACAAGGCGUUGGUGUUUAUGGUGGGUAAAGACUAUCUAUCGGCAGUGAGGGAAUACGAGGAGUGCAUCGAGAGGGACCAUACGGACGUCGUGGCCAUUAACAACAAGGCUCUUUGCUUGAUGUACUUGCGGGAUUUAGCAGAUUCCAUUAAGGUGUUGGAAAAUGCUCUGGAAAGAGUUCCCACUGUGGCUCUCAAUGAAACAGUGAUCGUGAAUCUGUGUAGUAUGUAUGAAUUGGCUUACGUUAAUCACUCUGAUAUUAAGAGAACGCUCAAUAGCUGGAUUGCCCGUGUUGCUCCUGAUGAUUUUGAUUCUUCGAGUACUCGGAUUUAAGGUAGUUUCUGGUGUAUUUACCUUCAACAUAAAAUCUUAUGCACGAAUUUGUGCCCCACUUUUUUAAGCCUGUGGGUUUUAAGUUUAUCUAUGUAUGAAUGGGUGUCAUCUGCCUCCUUGUCUAUCUACUGUGUUAUAAGUUGUAGCCUGUGAGUUGCCUUCUAGAAUGGUCUGGUAAUUGUUAGUGCCAUGAAAAUGGUGUAUUGAGUUGGUUAACUGUUAUGCUGGAAUAAACGUAGAACUUUGCUUCCUUACCUUUUACCAAA